AUGGGAAUUGAGAGAUCAAUUAGAGCCAAGAAAUUGACUCCUAGAUUCAUUAGUCCAUUUAAAGUCUUAGAGAGAAUCGGGCUAGUUGCUUAUCAAAUUGCUUUACCUCUACAAUUGUUUAGGAUUCAUAGUGUAUUCCACGUGUCUCAACUCAAGAAGUAUCAAUCGGAUCCUUCCUAUGUGAUUGAGCCUGAAGAGGUGGAGCUACAAGAGAAUAUGACCUAUAGAGCAAAACUUGAGCGAAUAGUGGAUGUGAAGGAUAAUCAAUUGAAAAACAAGACUAUUCGAUUGGUGAAAGUAUUCUGGAAGGGUAUGACUCUUGGUGAUGCAACCUGGGAGAUAGAAGCUAAGAUGAGACAGCUAUACCCUCAUUUGUUCCCUUAG